CAAAACGAAAGCAGAACGUUUGUGCUUUUCAUGGUGCUAAGUCUGUUUAAGCGGCUACCGAUAGAAGAACUAUGCCUGGUCGCAAGUGUUUAAUAUGUGGGGAGAAUUCAGUAAUACAGGAAGAAGAUGGUGCUGUCUGUAUGAAUUGUGGAAUUGUCCAUUCAGAGCAGAAAUUUGUAUCAGAGGGCAGCAUUGGCUAUCAGAACCCUGAUUUCCUACACAGUGAGAUUCCAUCACAUGCAAGACAACUAAAGGCAAAACGUGAACAACCUAUUGUAAAAAGAUGUAAAGCCAAAGUGCGAAGUCUAUGUGCAAAGUUAGCCUUUAGUUCUGAAAUGAGUGGAGCAGCAGAUGCCUUGUUUGUAAGAGCAUUGCAAUGUCCAGAAUUUCAACGUAUGGUUUCCUACAAAAAAAACUUACUGAGUCAUUGCUGUGUUUACAUCACAGGGCGUCAGUUCAAUUUUCCAAUCACAAUCAAAGAAUUCUGUGCAAUUACUAGACAGUCUGUUUCAGAUAUAGCCAGACUUUAUCAAAAAAUAAUUAGUAAAUUAGUUAUUGAAAUACAGUAUCAGAGUAUAGCAUCACUUAUUACAUAUCACCUAUCUGAUUCCAUAUUUAACAGAGAAUGUCUAGAAAUGGUGAAAGAUAUUUUGAAAUUAUAUGAACGAAAACGAACUUCAUGUAGCCCUCACAGAGAUGUUACCAUUGGGUUAGCAGCUUAUCUUGCCUGGGGUUCCAUGAAUUUGAUGGAAUAUAGAACUUGUAGGAUAAAAGAUUUUGCAAGGCAGCACAAGUUCAUUUUCACUCCAAUGUGGAGGACACGCUUGAAGGAACUAGUCAAAAUUCUUACUGAAGUUGGAAGUCAUCUCCCAUGGAUCUCAAACACAACAAGCAAAUACUUUGUUGUGAAGAAUUUGAAAGAUAUCCUUCAGUUUCAAAAUAGUCUUCUGUUGAAAGAUUUGAUGGAAAAUGACAGUGAAGAGGAAGAGGAUGAGAAAAAUGAGUGUGAUGAUAAGGAAGAUGAUAGUGAAAAUACUAAUGAGGAAAAUGAAUGUGAAACUGAGGACGAUCAAAAUGGUCAUGAAUGUAUGUACAUGUAUAACGUCUCUGAUAACGAUGAGACAUUUGACACAGACCUGGCUCCAAACAAAAAUCUGAAUGGUGAUCACAACGCACAAAACAAAGAUGAAUCGGUUUGUGUUGAAAUUGAACCUGCUAAUAAAAAAAUACUCAAUUACUCUGACUUGGCAGGGAAAACUUUUGUGUAUCACACAACACUACGAGUCAUUUCUGCAGAUUUGCCAACGAAGUGAAAAACAUUGACUUACCCAUUGUUUAUCAUAUUUGAUGAAUCAUAAUUCCUCUUUUGUCAUCUAUGAUUUUUGAUAAAUGGUUUAGAUCUAUCUUUAUACAUAUGACAGUAAAUUUAUCACAGUUAUUAUCCCAGUGCAUUAAGCCUUUGUUGCUUUGAAUCUGUUUUAUAUUUUCACUUUAUCCUAGAAUGAAAAUGAUGCACUUUGCAUGUAUCUGCAAACUGAAAGUUUCCAUAUUUGGAAGGAGGCAAGAAGAUAUUUUUGAUUUCCUCUCUUUCAAUUUUUUUUAACAAUUUAGCUACAUCUGGAUUUGUCUUUUGAAUAGUUCGAUGUUUAACUCCUUUUGAGGAAAGAAAUAAAAAUUGAUGAUUUCAUUUUCCAAAAUAAAAGUCCUUUUGUUACAGAAAGUGAGACCAAUCCCAAAGUACCUAGACUGAAUGUACAUAAUCAUAAGUGAUUUUCACUUCACAAUUCAUGUAUGGAUACAUAUAUUUUAUUAUUUUAAAUUGUUUGUCGAUGUUGUUGUUGAAAUUUAUUUUUCUGAAAGACUUCUUCUUAAUAACUGUAUAUUCUAGAGUCUAAAUAUUGAGUUAUGAUCAUCCACUUUCAAGAUCGAAUAAAAGCUGCUAGAUUGAUCUGUUCUAAUAACUGCAAACCUUUUGAGAAAUACAGGCCAAUCUGGCCUCUUGCUUUUGUGCUUGCCAGUAAUGGUUACAUAGGAGAUGUAAUUUUCCUUUUGAAUAACCCUGUUCCUGUCAACUCACAUAUGAUAGCUGCUCGAGAAGUGUCAUAUGCAUGUUGAUGGUGUAUAUCAUCAUAAUUUAAUUAAAUAAAUAUUAAAUUG